ACGCCUCCUUCUUCCUUUCUCUCAAGAGAUUUAUAAGAAAUGAAAAGAGGUUUUUAAACGCAUUAUUUUGACAAUGUAACAGCUUUUCGCUACUCUACCUCGGUAAAAUUGCCUUUCCCUUAUGAUUGGGAUACCUAUGUGGCAAAUCUCGGCUAUACCUGGGCAAUUUUUGCACGUUGUGAACGCAUACGAUGCCGAAGUGUUUUCUACGUUUGGAAAAGCGUACAGAUCUAUAGAUUUUAUUGCCUUUGUUGCUUUCUUAGGAUGGGUAUUCGUGGUCUGAGUAGCUACAUCGAAACUUUAGAUGUUUGGGAAAAGAUCGAGCUGAAAGACACCAAAGUUGUCAUCGAUGGAAGCUGCCUCAUGUUUAAUUUGUACUACAAUUCCGGAUUGGAUUUUCGUAACGGUGGCGAAUAUUAUGAAUUUGCGCAAGUUGUUACGAGUUUCUUUCAAGCGUUGUCUUCGAACAAUGUCGAAGCUUAUGUUGUGUUGGAUGGGGCCAUCGAUCCCUCUGGUAGAAAGGUGGACACGAUAGAAAGCCGAAUGCAGGACUCGAUUGAUAACGCAGGGAAACCAGAUGGCCGUGUCAGGCCAAAGAUGUCCGCCCUCGUUCUUAGUCAGGCAAUGCGAGACAUUGGGGUUAAGUUUGUUCGUAUUGAUUGUGAGGCAGACCAAGAAAUCGCUUCCCUCGCCAAGAAGUUCCAAUGUCCAGUGCUCAGUGAUGACAGUGAUUUUUUCAUCUUUGAUCUCCCUGGGGGUUUUAUUCCUUUGACUUCCCUCCACUGGCAUUCUUUUCCUCUAUCUACCAAGCUCUACAGCAGGCAAAAAAUGGCAGAUUAUUUACAACUUAGACCUGAUCUUAUGCCUCUCUUUGCAUCUGUGCUUGGAAAUGACUUUGUCAGUUCAAGUGCAGUUAAGCCAUUUUACACUGCCAUCCCAAGAAAUCAUAAGGGAGGAGGAUCUCGAUUUAGAAAUGUUGCUGAUUUUCUUAGGGGUUUAGAGAGCAUUGAAAAAGGAGUUGACUCUGUCCUAAGAGUUAUAAAAAAUCAAGAGUGUCAAGAAAAUCAUCUUAGGGAUGCAUUACAUACUUCACUCAAUAGCUACAUUUCUGUGGGAAAGUCUACAGCCUCUUAUUUUUUUAUUAGUGAUGGUGGUGCUAAUGAUGGAUGGAGUGAAAUAGGGGGGACAGAAUUUCCUUCAUGGGUUGUAAAUGGUUUCAGGAAAUGUGCCUAUCCUAGUGAUUACAUCUCUGCUGCAAUAUCUGGAAUUCGUUUUUUGGCUUGUCAGGUUGAAAACUUGGCUAAAAGGUCUUCAUGCUCUUGCACUCUCGAUUUGAGAAGAGCCCUGUAUGCCAUGACACAGCCUGGCAAACCCAAUGAAGAGAAACAUGACAAAGUAACAAGGAUUAAGGAAUGGGACAGAAGAGGGAAAAUACUGACCAAUUACUUUAUAGAUCCAAAGUAUGUCUUAGAAGGUUAUGGCAAACUACCAACUUUGAUCCAAAUUAAGGAACUACCUCUAGAAGAGAGAGAAAGCCUUUUCUUUUUGCUACUGGAAUCCAACACAAGCACAAUAAAGCUAUUACCUAAAGAUGAAUGGCUGUUUGUAGCUGCAACACGCUACUGGAUUAAGCAUGCAAAUCCACAAGUCUCCUCAAUCUCACACAUUGAAGCAGUUAUUCUAAAUCAUCUGGUGCUCCCCGAAUCCAGAAAGAAAAAGAUCUCAUGUGUUGAUUCAUUGCAUAGCUUUGCACAGUGGCAAAACGUAAUGUUGGAGACCAUUUACACAAAUCAAGUGCUCAAUUUCCCACUGGCUGAACCUGCUGUGAGCGGCCUUUAUGGAAGUGGUGUUGCUGCACUGGGAAUCACUGAACAGCUCCAAAAAGGUCAAGAGGCAUCAUCAAUAGUUCAUCCAUCAGAUCAUGAUCUGUACCAGAGGCUAAUGGACGCGGUAAUGGAGGGAAUCCAUAAAGUGGAAAGCUUAUCAUCUGCCUCAAAGAAAAAAUCGAGUAAAGAAAAGCCAAAGAACAAGAAACCUCCAACGUGCCUGGCUGGUAAUAAAUUUGCACUUCUCUUCAAUGAAACUGGCUCCGAUGAUGACGAUGUCGAAUAGUGUAAAUUUCACACGAAAAACAAUUUCCAGUCAAUUCUCUCAUAAGUGGAGACCCUUGGUGUGCGCUUGAGAAAAUAUGUAACUUACGUUGCGACGCAAGCUAGCGUGGUCAUCUUGAUAGCUUUGUGAAGUAAAGCCAAUAAUAAGGAUAACAACAGCGAUGCAAGGAAAUGCUUAGGAAGUUCACGUCAUAGCGCAUCGGAAUCCUGCUAGUCUGUUUAGUUUUUUGUUUUGUUUUUACACAAUAUUGCGAAAAAGUAUUCAGGAAUGAAUGGGUUAAACAAUAAGAAUAACAAAUUAAAAAAUAGGUCAUUGGGAUCGAAUCUGGUCUGAAGAAAAAACAGAAACCAUGCAUUCGGAUUACACACUUGGUAUGGCAGCUAAUUGCUUUACGGAAGGCUGUAAAGAACCGAAAGGCCCCAAAAGCACCGAUAUUUCCUGGGAUUGCUGUACAAUUGCAAAGUAUUUCAACAAGCGCCUUGAUGGGAGGCAAUAACCAGGAUCCCAGGGUUGUCAUAGUCGAUUACGCCUUGGGUCUUUUGGGGGGUCGUUAUGUCGCCGUGGCAUCGUAAAGCAUGGGCGCAUCGUCUCGCUUAAUUGUACAGGACAUCAAAGUAGCCUUUUGCUUUGUUUUCUUGUACAACUGUGGCGCGCACGCACUUAAUACCGGAAAAUUCGAACAAACAGCGCGCGCCACUGUGCGCAGAAGUGGUGCGCUAUACACCAAAAACUGGAAAUCGAUUCUGCCAAAUAUCCAGUAAUCCCCUGACCGUAGACAUCUUAGUGCGGUUUGCAGGUUUUGUUAAACUUUCCGACAGAAGACAGCGUCACAAUGCCAGUUUUAAAACUCAAUUUUGUUUCAUAAGAAAGGCUUUAUGUUCAAGCACGCUGUGCACACAUUAUUCAGUGGCGGUAAAGCAUACACAGGGGGUGCGCACGCAUCUCCCUGUGCGUCUUCCAUAUGUAUGAUGGCUCAGUGUUGUAAUAGUAAAACCAAUCACAAUACUGGAAAUCAACUAUAAAAAAUAGGCAGUCAAAGACUGCAUGUGACUCAAGGUAUAAUGCAUAAGAAACGUAAAGAGUAGAGACUUUAGUGUAGGUCUUAGCAUAGUGAAUUGUUUUUGAAGAAGUUAGAAUUUACAGUGUAAGCAUAAGAAACAGAAAGAUGUGAAAAAUUAGGUUGUGUGGCUAAACACCAUAAAAAUGUUCAAUUUUGCAAAAUAUAAACAUUUUAUUUCCACUUCAAUAUAAAUAUAUAACGUGAAUACAAUUUUUGUGGCUUUUCAAAAAUAUUGAUAAGUUAUAAUAUGAACAGUAACAUCUUAUAUAAAAAUAUAUUCAAUAAAAUCCCUUUAAAAUAA